CCAUAAUUACACCUAACCAUAAAGUGAAAUCAUGAAUCAUACCAAAAUGUAUGUUGCAUUAACUGUAAACUAGAAAUCAUGAGAGGGUGAUAAAAUAAUAUUUUAUUGUGUACCUAUUUUAGAAGUAGAAACUUUUAAUGUACGUAACGUAAGCAAAGCUAUAAAAAAGCGAGAGAAGAAAGACAUGAUCUAACGUUAAAUAUAAAAUUGCCAAUCUCUUGGCGAAUAACCUGGAGAAGACUGUUAGGAGAAGCCUCUUGAACGUUAGCUAAGAACGACGAAUAAACAAAAAUGGUUGCUUUGGCUUAAAAAUAACAUGGAAAAGAAAAAGAGAAGUCAAAUGGUUUGACAUUGAAUUUGAAAAGAAAAGAGGGACAAAAAGAAGAAGAAGAGAGUUUGAUAAUCUGAUUGUUUCAAGAGCAAAAAUAAAGAAGGUUGUAUACAAUAUAUAUAUAUAUAACCUUGCGGGCUCUUUUUCCUUUUUCUGUUUGGAUAGAAGGAAAGUAAGAUGGUGGUAUAUAAAAAGAGAGAGGCGGUUGAAGAAGUGGCAAUAUAUGGAGGAUUGAUAGGGGUGCAAUUUGUUUAUGCAGGCAACUCAAUUUUACUUGGUUAUCUUAUGUCCCUUGGCCUUAGCCCUUUCACCAUUGUUAUUUUCUUCACUUUUGCCACCUUCAUUAUUGUCUCUCCUUUUGCUCUUUAUUUCGAGAGGAGCAAUUGGCCUAAGCAAUUAACCCUGAAAUUAAUAAUUCAACUGCUUUUGAUCUCCUUUGGAGGCGUAACUCUCUUCCAAUCCCUAUUCCUCAAAGGAAUUAAUCUGACUUCACCAGCAGUGGCAACAGCCAUGCCAAAUCUUGCUCCAGGGCUUAUCUUUAUAAUUGCUUGGGCUUGCAGGUUAGAAAAAGUUGAUUUAAGUUGCCUAUACAGUAAAGUAAAGAUCGGUGGUACAUUGUUGUGUGUCUUAGGUGCCCUUACAAUGAGCCUAAUGCAUAGCUCUGUCUCACCGGAAAGCGCAAGAAUAUUCGCUGCCCCGACCAGUGAUUUCGUUUUCAAUAAAGAUAAGAUCAUCGGUUGCAUGUACCUCAUGGCUGCGGUCCUAGUUUUGUCGAGCAAUGUGGUAUUGCAGGCGACAACUUUGGGCGACUUCCCUGCUCCGAUGUCCUUGUGCGCGAUAACAUCAUUGAUCGGAGUGAUUAUAACGGCACUGGUUCAGUUGGUCGAAAAUCAUGUUUUCCAAUGGAGUUGGCCCCUAGUUGAUGUCAGGGAGCUACUUGGCUUUUCUCUGCUGGGAGGUGCUGUGGGUGGAGCAUGUCUAAGCUUCAAUGGAUGGGCAAUGAAGAAGAGGGGACCGGUUCUAGUCUCAAUGUUUAGCCCCAUUGGAACAGUGAUCACAGUCCUCCUCUCUUUUAUUACUUUAGGGGAGACCAUUUCAAUAGGAAGCCUUGCCGGAAUGUUACUCAUGUUCAGUGGUCUCUACAUCGUCUUAUGGGCUAAAGAAAAAGAAGAAGAUUGCUCCGAUGGGGAGGGCUCGGAAAGUGAGUUAGAGUCGGAGAAGCUUCUAUUAAGUUAAAAUUGCUAUCAUCUAGUAGGCCACCUUUAGCUUUUGGAAGUUUACUUGUGCUGAAAAACCAAUAAUUGAUGCAAAGUAGUAUAUAUAUAUAUGAAGUAUGAUUGAAGCUUUGAAUGGCAAUUAAUAAUAUAAAUGGUGCUAUAUUUUUCUACUGUGUUUUGCAGAAACAUGAUAAACCCGCAGGGCUGUAAAGUAGGUUGGGGAAGAGAAACUCAGGAGUUUCCACCAAUGUUAUUAGUUUUGUUUUGUUUAGAAA